CAGUCGCUCCGCCGUCAGAGCGCGCGCUCUACCGCCACCGGAAUAACACUUUCAUCUGUAUUAUUAUAUAGUUUACAAUUUUAGAAUUAUGAUAUAGUUUACAUUUUUAGCCCAUUAUGUUCCGACAUACUUUCCUAUGCUGUGGAUCCACGCGUUGAGAAAAUCAUGGCUUCCCUUCUUCUUUGCUGUGUCGCUCCUUAACCCCCAGACCUCCUAGAGCCCAGCGAUCCGAGCGCAGCAACCUACUUCACCAUGGCGGGCGGGGUCGCGGCAUGGCUGCCGUUCGCCCGGGCGGCCGCCAUCGGUUGGAUCCCCGUGGCCAGCACGCCGCUGCCCACUCCCACCAACGACAAACUUCGGACGCACGACCGCCUCAUCGUGCUCAACGUCAGCGGCACCCGGUUCCAGACGUGGCGCAACACGCUGGAGCGCUACCCCGACACCCUGCUGGGCAGCUCGGAGCGCGACUUCUUCUUCCACGAUGAGAACAAGGAGUAUUUCUUCGACCGCGACCCCGCCAUCUUCCGGCACAUCCUCAACUUCUACCGCACUGGAAAACUGCACUACCCGCGGCAGGAGUGCAUCUCGGCCUACGACGAGGAGCUGGCCUUCUUCGGGAUCAUCCCCGAGAUCAUCGGCGACUGCUGCUACGAGGAGUACAAGGACCGCCGGCGGGAGAACCAGGAACGCAUCCAGGACGACGAGGAGAGCGACCAGACCAACGAGGCGAUCCCGCUGGACAUGAGCUACCGGGAGCGCAUGUGGCGCGCCUUCGAGAACCCGCACACCUCCACCAAGGCGCUGGUCUUCUACUACGUCACGGGCUUCUUCAUCGCCGUGUCGGUGCUGGCCAACGUGGUGGAGACGGUGCCGUGCGCCAGCGCCCAGCGCCGGUCGAAGGACGUGGCGUGCGGCGAGCGCUACGCCCUGGCCUUCUUCUGCCUGGACACGGCGUGCGUGAUGAUCUUCACCGUGGAGUACCUCCUGCGACUUGCGGCGGCGCCCAGCCGCUGGCGCUUCGUGAAGAGCGUGAUGAGCGUGAUCGACGUGGUGGCCAUCAUGCCCUACUACAUCGGCCUGGUCAUGUCGGACAACGAGGACGUGAGCGGCGCCUUCGUCACCCUCCGGGUGUUCCGUGUAUUCCGCAUCUUCAAGUUCUCCCGCCACUCGGCCGGCCUGCGUAUCCUUGGCUACACACUGAAGAGCUGCGCCUCCGAGCUGGGCUUCUUGCUCUUCUCGCUCACCAUGGCCAUCAUCAUCUUCGCCACCAUCAUGUUCUACGCCGAGAAGGGCUCGACCGCCAGCAAGUUCACCAGCAUCCCCGCCGCCUUCUGGUACACCAUCGUCACCAUGACGACCCUGGGGUACGGGGACAUGGUUCCUAAGACGGUGAUCGGCAAGCUGGUGGGCUCGGUCUGCUCGCUCAGCGGCGUCCUGGUCAUCGCCCUCCCGGUCCCGGUCAUCGUGUCCAACUUCAGUCGCAUCUACCACCAGAGCCAGCGCGCCGAGAAGAGGCGGGCCCAGAAGGCGUCCAAGGAGGCGGGCCAGGCUCUGGUCAGCAACGUCAACCCCGCCCUGGAGGUGCAGCGCCUCCACCUGCUGCACUGCCUGGAGCAGGCCACGAACCACCGCUUUGUGGAGCGGCCGUGCGAUGGCGGCAGCUGCCUGGAGAUGGACCUGGUGAAGCAGGUGUCUCCGUCCUCGCUCUCCUCCGGCUCCUCGGGGGGCUACACCUCCUGCUGCUCCCGGAGGAGCCGCGCCCCCCUGGGCCUGCGGGGCUCCGCCCUGCCCUCCCUGCAGGAGCUGAGCACCAUCCGCAUCGCCGACAGACCCUCCUCCAACAGCCGCUCCAGUCUGAACGCUCCGUUCCAGGAGACGGUUCCUCUGACCUGCGGCGAGGAACCCGCCACGCCACAGGCCACGCCACAGGCCACGCCCCAGGCCUCGCCCCGGGCCCCGCCCCACGGCUGCCCCCUGGACAGCGUGGUCCGGGUGUCGGCCCUCUGAAGCCCACCCUACCCGACGCAAGAAGACCCACGUUCCUGCGCAGAGACGUGACCACGCCCCUUUGCUGCUCGCGGACCUUAGAGCGAGCGCGGGGGCGUCGCCCGUCUCUGCGGAGGAACGCGGGGAGUGACCGCUGAUUGGUCGCGCACGGCACAGGCCUUCAUCUGUGACGAAGGGUUUAGUUUUGUUUUUGGACUGCAGGACCCCACGUGGACAUAAAGUCUGCCCCCGUUGACCCCGAACAGUGGUCCGAUGGUCGAGAAGCGCCCGCCGCUCCUCAGCGGGACGUUGGAACGCUCUCAACGCCUCGUCCACGGGGAGGGACGGUGAGGCACCGGGGCACGUAGCGUCGAAUCAAGAUGAAGAACGCUGCUGCAGAGAUAACACCACACUAGGGCUCUGGUGAGGAGAGAGGUGGUGUCUCUACUGCCCCCAGUGAGACACCAGGGGGCAGAAGAGAGAGGACUCUACUGCCCACAGUGAGACACCAGGGGGCAGCAGAGAGAGGACUUUAAUGCCCCCGUUGAGACACCAGGGGGCAGAAGAGAGAGGACUCUACUGCCCACAGUGAGACACCAGGGGGCAGCAGAGAGAGGACUUUAAUGCCCCCGUUGAGACCCCAGGGGGCAGCAGAGAGAGGACUCUACUGCCCCCAGUAAAACACCAGGGGGCAGCAGAGAGAGAGGACUCUACUGCCCCCAGUAAAACACCAGGGGGCAGCAGAGAGAGAGGACUCUUCGUCGCACUCGUUCUACACCAGGGGCCAGCAGAGAGAGAACUCUUCUGCCCCGGGGCAGCAGAGAGAGAACUCUUCUGCCCCGGGGCAGACACCUGGGGCAGGUGCAGAGAUAACACCAGACUCUGUGGGGAGACCGAGGACGCUUCUCCUUAUCUGUGCUCAUCUUGAUAGCACCCUUACCGACCGGGUGAAUCAUUCAUCGGAGAACACCAGGUGCGCCGCGCACGUGCACGGGUCCGUGUGUGUGGGCGUGUGUGUGUGUGACUGUGUGUUUGCGUGCGUAUUCAGUAGCUUCCCAAUGUGACUGCGGCUGUUUCAUCAGGAAUACUUCAACCUCUUUGUCAUUAGUUACUAGUUGGCAUGAGCAAUAAGGAUGAAUCGUGUAAAUGCAUUUCGAUAAUGAUCCAAUGUUAAGGAUGUGUUUAAAAAUAAGCUUUUAUUGUCUGCGAGAGCUGACCUUCUCUCCUCCACACCGGUCAGAGGAUGAUAUCCCCACCGUCGAUCACAAAGUAUAAUCCAUUAUAAUUCUAAUCAACAAAUAAAAAGGAACACCUUGAAAAAAACAUAUUUAUAAAUUAAUUACAUUUCUUUUUUUUUCAAACGUGGCUCAUUUUAAUGACUAAAAAGUAUUUCUUAAAGCAUGUGUUUGCUAGAGGGCAUGGGGGGGGGGGGAGAGAGAUGAGAACCGUGUACAGGUGAUAAAGGUCAUGUGAGGCGGGAUGUUGAUAUCGUGGUGGUAUGUAAAUUUCAUGUGAUGCAGUAUGUUAAUAAUAUAAAAAAUGUAAAAAAGAUACAAAUUUGCUGAAAUAUCCGUGUGACAAAAUAUGUAAACCAAAAAAUAAAGACCAAGAUGUAUUCAA